AUGGUCAAGGUUUAUUUCGGCAGAGAGGUGUCGGAGUACACUCUCGAUGAGUUGAAGUCGCUUACCGCACGAGAUGUUAUUAAAAGUAUUGUUCACAAGGAUCUGGAUCGUUCGGUACUUUCACAUACUGGUAGAUUUCUUACUCCUGACGAGCUUUUAAGCUCUCAUAACAUCCAUGAGAACGACAUACUAAGAAUUCUACAAAACGACGGCGAACUUAAAGUGAACAAGCCGUGCGACAACACACUGCUUCGGGAAUGUGAUCGGCUGUUUGAUUUCGUGCAGAAGGAGGAAUCUGGAUAUAUGCAUCUCCGCUUAAUUGCGGACGUCACUAUGCCGGAUUAUCUCAAAAUAUUCAUCGACAUGUUCCCCGAACUUCGCAAAGAUCCGAUUGCAUGUCAUAUUCUCAAUGAUUAUUAUGUACUCAAAGCUAUGGUAACGUUGCCAAGUGAUGAGGGGUCAUUGGAUAAGCUACGAAAAUUUCAUGCGCAACACCCGGUUUUGUUGCCAGCGAUUAACUGGUUGCUAAAAAAGAAUGCACAAAGAGGACGAGGAUCAUCUCAGCGGACUCCAAGAGUUCAUGCGGAUGAGUCGCCUUCGCCAGCCGAACCACCUCAAAUUACUCAGGAAAUGUUGAGACAAGCGAUGGCGUUGGCUUUUGGCGGUACAGUACCUACUGGAUCUGGACGUAGUGGUGCGAGCACCAGCUCUCACCCUGCAUCUUCGGUUCCAACACCGCCGCCGGUUCCUAUUCCUGUACCAGUCGUCGCUUCGGAAUCACCAAAUCCAGGAGCAUCAGGCCAUAUUUUGCAAUUGCGAUCUCGUUUUGCGUCACAGCUGGUGCAGCUGAACGAGUUUGGGUUCACUGACGAGGCGGCAAAUCUAUCUGUGCUUGAGUCAACAGAUGGAAAUGUUGAGGUUGCCUUAGAUCUUCUGAUCGCUAUGAGAGAGGAAGGGAUUUGA